AUUGGGCAGGAUACAAGGCAUCUCUCGAUGACAAUCUUCAACAGGUUCCAUGGUCUGCUUCAGUUGAUGCUAUCAACUCUGCCAUUACAUUAAGCAUCGUCCGGGCGGCUAGGGCCCACAUCCCUCGAGGGUGUGUAAGUUCUUACAAACCCUACUGGUCAAGCGAGCUUGAAGUCCUACGUAAACAGAAGAAUCGCAUACGCCACACUCUUCAAGUCCGUCGUAAAC